UGCAGCAGAUCCGCAGACGAGCAGAAGGUCCUUUCUGAGCAGAACAGAAGCAAAAUGGUAUCCAUGUGUCGCCAGAUGCUGGGCUUUGCCCUGGCUCUUAUUGGUUUCCUGGGGACCAUCAUCAUUUGUGGGCUCCCCAUGUGGAAGGUGACGGCCUUCAUCGGGGCAAACAUCGUGACGGCGCAGAUCAUCUGGGAAGGCCUGUGGAUGAACUGCGUCAUGCAGAGUACGGGGCAGAUGCAGUGCAAAAUCUAUGACUCCCUGCUGGCGCUGCCCCAAGACCUUCAGGCGGCCCGGGCGCUGGUGGUCAUCUCCAUUGUGGUGGCUCUGUUUGGGAUCAUUCUGGGAAUUGCUGGAGGGAAGUGCACCAACUUUGUGGACAACGAAAUCAGCAAGGUCAAAGUGGCCAUCGCCAGUGGUAUCACCUUCAUUAUUGCUGGUGUCCUGUGCCUCAUCCCCGUCUGCUGGUCCACCAACACCAUCGUCCAGGACUUCUACAAUCCAGUCCUCACCAGCGCUCAAAAGAGGGAGCUGGGGGCUUCGCUCUAUAUCGGCUUUGGCGCUGCUGCGCUCCUGAUCCUCGGUGGAGCUUUGCUCUGCACUUCUUGCCCACCCCAAGAGGAAAAACCCGUCUACAAGUACUCCCAGCCACGAUCUGCCGCCACCAGCAGAGCAUAUGUCUGAGGUAGCACCAAAAACAAAGGACACUUCAUUCUCUUUCUUCUUGCUGGGAAAGAGAAGAUGGACAUGAGAUGUGAAGAUGUUUGCUGGGACAUGUGAAUGCACUCAUAUGGCUUUGAUGGACUAGCAUUUGCAGAGUUAUAGUAAGAAUAAGUGUUAUUAAUGAAGAAAAAUGUAUGCACACAUUGGAGGGUAAAACUUUUUUAGGGUAAUUUCACCACAGAUUGAUUAAAUAUUAACUGAUCAUACAAAGAUUACACUCCUUUAAAGUAUGAAGCUGGAAAAUGUCUUUGCAGUAAGCUGGUUAACUCUCACUCAAGAUGUACAAUUACACACACAUAUACAUACAUAUAACAUAUGAUUGUUAUACUGAUUAUUCCAUGUGAUGGUUACAUUCACAAACUGAAGAAAUGACAGCUCUAUGUAAGAGCAUAACUGUUAACUAUCAAACUGUCUUUUUUAUUUAUAGUUUAACAUUUUCUUUUCCUGAACUGCCUCAGAAGGAAUUUUGCAUAUAAAAAUAAAACGUUUGAACAGAA